AAAUGACUAGUAAGAUAAAUUGCUCAAAAAAGGGCACUAAAUGUUUCCACUUUGUGUUUGUUGGAUGGCACAACACGCAUUUUCUCCUUCAAACUCCCCCAUUAGCUUCGUAGUAUAGUCCGUCUUCAAGGUUUUGCUCCUUGAGGAGCUCUUCUGGCAUCAUCCUGUCGUACUGCCUUAACUUUAGUUUAUAGUUGUUAAAAAUACACUAGUAACAUUCAGACUGUUGUCCACAACAUCCGACAUGGCAGCCGCAGCGAUACCGCGAGCACCGCGGAAGGAUGAAGCCAACUUUAAGCUACAUUUCCGAAUGAUAAACGAGCAACAAGUGGAGGACAUCUGCAUCGACUCCUUCUACAAGCCACACACCAUCUCCCUGCUGACAGCUACUGUGCUCAGCCUGAUGUACUUUGCUUUUACCAGGGAUGAUGAGCAGUCAGACAACAACCUCCGAGUUGGUCUGCUGGUGGUUAUUUCCUUCUUCUUGGUCAUCAGUGUCCUGGCUUUUCCUAAUGGACCUUUCACCAGGCCACAUCCUGCAAUUUGGCGAAUGGUGUUUGGUCUCAGUGUAAUCUACUUCCUGUUUCUUGUCUUCCUCAUCUUCCUCAACUGGGACCAAGUGAAGACACUCAUGUACUGGCUAGACCCAAAUCUGCGCUAUGCCAAACGGGAAGCCGAUGUCAUGGAAUACGCUGUGAACUGUACUGUGAUAACGUGGGAGCGCGUCCUGAGCCACUUCGACAUCUUUGCAUUCGCUCACUUUGCAGGCUGGGCCAUGAAGGCUCUGCUGAUCCGCAGCUACGGACUCUGUUGGACCAUCAGCAUCACAUGGGAACUCACUGAGCUGUUUUUCAUGCACCUUCUGCCAAACUUUGCGGAGUGCUGGUGGGAUCAGGUGAUACUGGACAUACUGUUGUGUAAUGGAGGAGGCAUCUGGCUGGGUAUGACAGUGUGCCGCUUUUUGGAGAUGAGGACCUACCGCUGGGCCAGUAUCAAGGAGAUCCACACCACUACAGGGAAGAUAAAGCGAGCCGUGCUCCAGUUCACACCAGCCAGUUGGACUUACGUGCGCUGGUUUGACCCAAAGUCUUCUUUCCAGAGGCUGGCAGGCAUCUACCUCUUCAUGAUCCUAUGGCAGCUGACAGAGUUGAACACAUUCUUCCUCAAGCACAUCUUCGUCUUCCAGGCCUCUCACCCUCUCAGCUGGUGUCGUAUCCUCCUUAUCGGAGUCAUCACUGCGCCCACUGUGCGACAGUACUACGCGUACCUGACAGACACUCAGUGCAAACGAGUUGGCACACAGUGUUGGGUGUUUGGAGCCAUUGCUUUCCUGGAGGCUCUUGCUUGUAUGAAAUUUGGCCACGAUUUGUUUUCCAAGACACAAAUUCGCUACGUUCUCCUGUGGCUGCUCUGUCUGGCUCUCAUCACACUUCUGUGUUUAUAUGGGAUGGUGUGGUAUGAGCAAAAAAAAAUGAAGAGCUUUCAUGUGCAAAAUGAAGACUGUGAUGACAGCAGCAUCGUCGACUCCGGUGGUUUCAUCCCAGAUGGUGUUGCAGCUAAGAGGGAUUCCUUGAGAACUUCACAACCUACAAAACGGAGGAAAGCCUCUGGGAAGAACAGAUUUGUGAAUGGCCAUGGAGGAAAAAGACAAUAAACAACACAAGAGACUCUGAUUAUUCCCAUCCCAACAACCCAACAGGGGGAAUAUGCACUAAAACGUAUCGAAUUGUGGUUAAAAGUUGCAUCAGGAGUUUUUUGACCCCUAGAGGGCAGAAGGCAGACUCCUACAGUGACCAGCCUUGAUCUAUUAUGUCAACUUAUUAAGUUCAUAUGGCAAACAGAUCAAAGGAAAAACACAAGAAUGAGCCGAAAGCCUCAGAAAUGUGCAGACUAGGGUGUUGAUUCUCUGGAGAAUCUGCAUUACUACAAACUUUCAUAUAUGACAUGAACAAAAGCAAUUCUGUCAAAAGAUAUAGAAAUAAUAUAAAAUAGAGGUUAUCUAAUAACAUCUAAAAAGAGAAGUAUACACUGGAUUUUGAAAUACACUAUGGCCUUAAUUUAGAUUGUGAAAACUAGCAUGCUGGCCUCAGCAUCAUCCUUCAACCAACAUUUUCUCUCUACCUGUACUGAAUGUUGGUGGAUGUUUUGCACUAUGAGACAGGUAAAUAUGUUCAGUCAGGGUGUGCAAGUUCUGUGUACUGAGUUUAAAAGCUUUACUAGGAAAACUAACAAUCACAAUGAUUGUUGCGUGAGGCAUUUUGUACGUCAUUUGAAUUGGUGAUGGUUGGUUGUCAGCUUUGUUGAUGUCAUAUAUUUGUUUUUUUAUAUCAUAAUUGCCAAAAGUGACCACAUCCCGCACUUUUCUAUAAUAUAUAGUACAGUGUAAAGUACUGGUGUACAGGCUUUUGGCAUUUUUCAAGAAAGGAGAUGAUUUUUGUCUUCUUCAAAUGAGAAGAUCAACCAAGUGUACAGCUACAACUGUAGCCUUUACAUGUUAUUCUUAGACUUUUAGCUUUCAUCUGUGUGAUUAUUGGAACUGUUCAAAUGUAUGUUUUAGGGGUUUUUGUUACAAUUCUGUGUAGGUAUGUGUGUGUGUGUGUGUGUUUGAAUUGUAGAGAGAAGUGUAUGACUGAUGUACCGACAAAGAAUACUGUGACAUUCAAUGCACUACCACUGUGGUGACAUUAAAUCGCAGAGGAUAAUCAUUGAUGUGUUUUUAAAGUGAUCUAAAUUAAUGAUGUGAGGCGUUAAUAUAACACAGUUACUGGUUCAAAUUAGUUCUUUUCUUGUAGGUCAUAAUAUUAUUAAAUGAUGCACUAUAGUUUCAUAUUUAGUGUUAUGGGGUGUCAAUUUCCUAUUACCUUGACCAGUGUUUGUAACUUAAUGUCUGUUUAUUACAUUUGUAUUGACAUUAUUUGAAUGUAACUGGCUUUAGCACCAUCCUGCCUCAGUGAUUCCAGUCUUCAUGUGUCAAACUGACUACACUGUAUUUAAUAUUAGAUGUUUAAAAUCUAUAAAUUGUAAUAUGCUACUUAAUAUCACUGAUGUUUGAUUUUAUAUGGGUGGGUUUGCUUGUUUUGUACACAUAAUUAAACGACCACAUUUCUUA